ACAAAAAGUCGAGGCUUACAAGACAAUUAAAAAAUGAAAAGGAAAAAUAAUAAUAAUGGACGUGUGUGUAUAAGAGCUUGUGAUCUUCACAUUAAUGGCUUCACUAGUCAAGAACGUAACGAGUCGUAUCUGAAAUAGUUUCACCGUUUACUCAUGACAAACUAAAUAAACUCGCAUUCAUCUAUAAGUCUAUCUUUGAUUUUUGUAAAAGUCAAGAUAAAAGUAAGCAAACUGUUGUCAGUUAAUAUCUUAAAGGAUUUGCGCUUCUAUACCGGCAUUUAUGAUACGCUUUACUUUAAACAUGGCAACUACAACGAAAUAAUAGAAAAAAAAAAAAACGAAUGGCAAAAAGAAGAAAUAUUCAAUGAAUUUGUUAAAGCAACAAAAAUUUCGAAUCUCUUUUGUCUUGACUUGAAAACAAAAUAAAUAAUAAAAAAAAUAAAAGCAAAAGCAAAAGAUGUACGCAUUUACUCUUAUACUAUAGUGCGCUCAAUUGGUAAUCACUCAAUAAGGUGCUGUAUGUGUGUGCGUGUGUGUGUGAAUGUGUGUUGCUCUUUCCUUUUUUUUUUUUUGUUAUUAUUGAAUCGGUGGUUUUUUUGACUACCCAAGCGAACGGAUCGCGUCAGCUGGUUGGUUGUCGGUUAUUGGCCUGGCAUAAUGAGUGUCUGGAAAUAGUAUUGUGUUGAACGACUGUCGCGCACAACUAGAAACUUAUCACAAUUAAUCAACCGUUCAAACCGUAACAACAAGAAGAACAGUCAAAGAAAAACGUAUUAACGAAAACAAAAAAGAAAUGUCUUUGUUCGCAUUCAAUUACUACCUGGCCACUGGUUGGCCUAUAUAAGCAAAACAAAAAAACAAAAAACAAAAGACAUAUAAUGUGUGAAAUAAAUGCUUAAAAAUUCAUAAAUCAAAAAACGAAACGUUAAUUGUGUUUUUUGCUCAUUUGCAAUGUAAACGUAUAUGCAUACGUACGUGUAUACGAAAACGCAUCAAUCAAUUACAUUUUAUCAGUAUUAUUAUUAUUAUUUUUUAAUGAAUUUUGCAAAAAAACAAAAAAAAAAUUUAUAAAAUUCCUUAAAUACAAAAAAAAAAAAGGGCUAAUUGCCUUAAACUCUUUAAAUUACUUAUGAAAACUAGCCGACACAAAUGAUAUUAUCAUCAUCAUUAUCAUCAUUAUUAUCAUCGUUAACGUUAUCAUCAUUAAUGGACAUUGAAUGCGCUUGAAUUCAUUGCAAAAUUAUAAAAUAUAAUUGCAAGUCUGUGUGUGUGUGUGUGUGUGUGAACACACAGAGUCAAAAUUAAUGCAAACUUAUUCUCCAAAGUGUUACACAACGCUGAGCGAUCAGUGACGGCUUGUGUGUGUGUGUGUGUGUGCGCUAGUAUUAAAUGUGCAACAAAAGGGACAACGCAAAGAAACGAUAACAAAAGUGCAAGAACCCGUGUAUCGUGUAUCAAUCGAUAAACGAAUCACAUUUCACAAUAUCAACUUGACAUCCAUCAACCAACCAACCAAAGUUACGGUGCCUGCUAUUAUUCCCUUAGUAUAAUGAAACCACAAACGAAGAAAGUUGCUCCUGACGGUGGCUGGGGCUGGGUAGCCUGUUUUGGUGUUAGUUUAGUUAAUCUGGCCACUCGCUCGAUAGAACCAUCAUUCGGUUUGCUUUUUGGUGAUUUAUUACGUGAUCUCGAUGUUGGCACCACCGGUGCGGCUGUGAUUAUUAGUACUUUAGAUGUAUGCAUGAACUUCUCGGGUCUGUUUGUUGGCCCGUUGCUCAAAGAGUUUUCCUAUCGAAAGGUAGCAAUAGCUGGUUCCUUGUUAUGUGGCAUUGGCUUGGCCUGUACCAGUCCGGCUGCCAGUAUGGCCCACAUACUAAGCACAUACGGUGUUAUAAAUGGCAUUGGCGUGGGCUUAGCUACAUCGGCAGCUUUUGUCGCUUUGAAUCAUUACUUUAAGCAUAAACGGGGUCAAGCGGUCGGUUUAUCUAUGGCCGGCACUGCUUUAGGCAUGUUAAUAAUGCCUCAACUGGUACGUUUGCUGUUAGAAGCUUAUGGAUUUCGAGGAGCUGUUUUAUUAUUAGCUGGCGUGGCCUUAAACGCUACCGUCGGUUCAGUGCUAUUACAACCCGCUAAGUGGCAUAUGAAAGAAGAAAUCAUCGAUGAGGAGAUGACGGCUGUGGCGCCAACUGAAUUUAAAGCCAUUCAAGAAGACGGUACGGAAGAAGAUGCCUUACCUGAAAUGAAUACACUUUUAUUCAAUAAACAUAUCAAUAUUAAUCGACAGCAAAUGCGUAAAAAUUUCUCGGAAAUGGCAAUGGAUACAAUGAACGGUUCUAUGACCGGUUUUCCAAAACGACCCACAUUUCCACGUAUUAUGUCGUUGACUGGUGUACAAACGGCAGCCAAUAGUUUCAGUUCGAAUAGCGAUGUUAACAUGGCAUUAAGGCAUCGUAAGCAUUCCGUUACUUCGAAUUUAUCGUAUAUGGACUUUACCGGAUCUAUACUGCAAGUCCAUUUAAAUGUCGGUGACGAAGAGUUUGAACAAAAUGAUCGUGAAUUGAAACGCGUUAGCACGGCCACCGGUGCGAUGUUAAGUUCCAAUCAGGAUUCAUUUAUUAAAAUGAAGCCCACUGAAAAGGAGACGGAAAAAGAAAACGAACUUAGCCAAACGAAUAAUGAGGCAGAAGCUAAGCCCGGCUUCUGGAAACGUUUCGCUGAUCUAAUGGAUGUCGAUUUAUUAAAAGAUAAAAUGUUCUUAAAUAUUCUCUUCGGUUUAUCGAUAUUUUAUGUCGCCGAAAUGAAUUUCAAAAUGGUAACACCGUUCUUCUUUGCCAAUCUGGGUUAUAAUAAAAAGGAUGUAGCAUUCUGUUUAUCAAUAACUGCCAUUACCGAUAUAACGGCCCGCAUUGUAUUACCGCCAAUAUUCGAUCGGACAAAUAUCAAAAAACGUACCGUCUUUCUAGUGUCAAUUAUAUUUGUGGCUGUCACGAGAUCAAUUAUGGCCGAGCAAACUGAAUGGACUCAGCUUAUGUUAUGGCUGUCAAUAUGUGGUUUCUUUAGAGGCUCAGCACUCAGUAAUUUCACUUUAACGGUUUCUGAGUACUGCUCUCUGGAGAAAUUACCCUCAGCUUUCGGUUGGCAUUUGGUGGGUAAAGCGAUAUUCGUUAUAUGCUUUGGUCCCUUGAUUGGUCUAAUACGUGACGUAAGUAAAAGUUAUCCAAUUUGUAUACAUGCUCAAAGCGUAUGCAUAAUGUUGUGUGGCGUUGCUUGGGGCAUUGAAUAUUUGAUAGCGUUUGUGCAGCGACAGAAAAACCAAAGAGUAGCAGCAAAUCCAAAUACCUCAACAUCGGCUACUAAAUCCCCAAUGAAUAUAACUAAGCCGUAGCCUUAGCGGCUAUGGAAUACUAAAUCAAUUACUAUAUUAUUUCAAAUUUCACUUUUUCACCUUUUUCUUCUUCUCUUCUUUUAUAUUUUUUGCUUCUUUUUUUAUGUGCGUUUAAUUGUAAUCAUCAUUGUAAUCAUGAGAAUUCAAUUUAUUUAUCCAUAUACGUUCAUCCCUUUACAAUAUAUUUCAUUAAGUUUCUAUUAUAUAUUUAGUAUAUAUCAUCAUCUCUAUCCUAGAUGUAGAGGUCUAAACGAACUGGUAUGUGAUAGUUCAAAUGUUAGUUAGUAAGAUGCCCGCUCUUAAUAAGUACAUUAUAUAUGAAUACAUGUUUGUGUAUGUGUAUGUAUAUGUAUACGUAUACAAAUUAUUCCAAUACUAAGGAUAUUAGAAAAGCUAAUAACAAAUGUGUUAAGAAAAUACCACCAAUUUUUUCCUUCUUUUCCUUUUUUUUUUGUUUUUUUUUUUUGUUUUU